UCAGCCUCUGCCUGCCUGUCCCUGGGGGCUGCUGGGGGAGUCCAGGGCAGCUCAUUCUUUAGGUGAUGCCAUCAGAGGGCUCCUGCUGCUCCUAAGGGAGAGGAGUUUACACGGCAGUUUGGGGAAAUCCCCCAAAGUGGCCCCUUUAGUUCUGCUUUUUUUUCUAGCAUUUGGCUCAGAGAUACUGUUACUGGGAGGGUCUGAAGAGUCUGCGGGGCAAUCGGGGGGUGACAUGGACUGAAGCCCCUUCUGUAACCUCCCCCAUCGCCUCUCUCACCCCGACAGGCUGAAGAAUCACGUUAAUGUUUUGCUCCAGAUGGGCCCGUCUUCCAGGACACCGGGAAGGGAAAUGUCUGUGAUGGAGCCAGCUCAGAUGCCGGUGACCUUCGAGGAGGUGGCUGUGUAUUUCACCCAGGGUCAGGGGGCUCUGCUGGACCCCACUCAGAGAGCUCUCUACAGGAAUGUCAUGCAGGAGAACUAUGAGAUGGUAACCUCCCUGGGAUUUCCCAUUCCCAAACCUGAACUGAUUGCCUGGCUGGAACGAGGGGACGAGCCGUGGGUGCCCGAUCUCCAGGCCUGCAAGGAAAGAAGGCUUCCGAGAUGCACCCGUACAGCACAAUGACUCCUGUCUGGAUUGUGUCUCUCCCAGCAGGUGCUGAGCAAGGGAGUGAGAACGAGGAGGGGAAUCAUCAUGAGGAAGUUCCCGGGGAAGUGGAACUGCAGGGGACCUUCGUGGGAAGAGCUGAAGGGAAUUUUUCCCCGUGCUUGGAGCAGGCAGAAGCCUGGGGAAGUUGGCACAGGUCAGAGAGGAUUCUGGGAAACCACCCAGGGAA